AUUCAUUCACAUGUAUGGGCGUCUGUAGCCGCUAUUUACAAGAUCUCGGUUACCAUGUCUGAUAAAGGCACUAGUUCAGGUUGUAAACGAAGUCGACCAGAAGAUUGGGGCGAGAUUGACCCUUCUCCAGUUGUCCAUGUCCGUGGUCUGCCAAGACAUAGUGUGGAAUUUGAUGUCGUCAAAGCAUUUGAGCCUUAUGGGCGUAUUCGCGACGUAACGAUGAUGCCUCAGAAAAAACAAGCUUUGGUCGAAUUUGAAGAUAUAUCAUCAGCUGAAGCACUUAUAGAAAGAAAUCCUGAAAUGAAAAUUCUGAAUAGCCUGGUUCAAAUCAGUUUCAGCACAUCAAAACAUAUAGUUCAGCGGGCUGCGAAUAGAGCUCCUGCCGAUGAACAAAGUUCGCUCUCAGCAGAUAAUCAUAUCCUUCUGUUUACGAUUUACGAUACUGAUCGUCCUAUAACUGUUGAAACAAUUUAUCGAAUAACGUUUUCGUACGGUAGCGUCCUUCGAAUAGUUAUCUUUCGGAAAUCCCAGGUUCAGGCAAUGGUGGAGUUUAGAAGUAUACAAGAAGCUCGCAACGCCAAGCUCCACUUGAAUGGUGCAGAUAUUUUCCCAGGAUGCUGUACUUUAAAGGUAGACUAUGCUCGUCCAGCUCGAUUAUCUGUGCCCAGAAAUGAUCAGGAUAACUGGGACUUCGAGAAAUGCGAACGUGACCCAUCCUGUAAUUUUCAAGAUGAUCACUAUCAAAACUCGCUUCUCGGUUAUAUGGAUGAGGGUUAUUAUGAUUACGAACACCCUUAUGGCCAGUAUCCAUACGAAAAUUCGAACGAUUACGGACGCCCAUACCCCUCAGAAUGUAAUACACCUGUGGGAUCUCAUAAUUUUCCAACACUAAAUGGUGCCCAAAAUAGGAAUAAAAGUUUCAACUCCACGCCAGUGGUUAUGCUGUACAAUAUUGAUAUAAAGAAAAUGAACUGCGAUCGCAUAUUCAAUAUUUUGUGUAUAUAUGGCAACGUCAUCCGCGUUAAAUUUCUCCGUACUAAAGAAGGUUCAGCUAUGGUUGAAAUGGGCGAUGUUGAAUCAGCUACCCGCCUUAUACGAAAUUUGUCAGGUGUUUCGUUUAUGGGUAACCAGUUAAUGGUACGAACUAGUAAGCAAGAUGUCAUUUUGGAUGUUUCUAGUCCAUUCCAGUUGCCCGAUGGCUCUCCUUCUUUUAAAGAUUACAGCAAAGAUCGUAAUAACAGGUAUACUACAGCAAUCAUGGCUAAGAAGAACCGUAUUCAUCCACCUUCACGUACACUGCACUACUGGAAUGCUCCUCCUAAAAUUUCGAGUAACGAGUUAUUAGAGUUUGUAAGAAAAUGUGAAGCCCCGGAACCUCAAUCUAUUGAACAGUUUUCAAAAGCCUCGGAUAAAUCCUCAUCUGGUUUUAUGAAAUGGACUACAGAUGCUGAAGCAUGUGAAGCUUUGGCCUUAUGUAAUCACCAACCUAUUAAAGAUGAAGAAUGUACAUAUCCAUAUACUAUUAAGCUGGCAUUUGCGAGUCCUAAUUUAUCCGCUGAACCCAUUCAUGUUGGAAGUGACAACAGUAAUGAGGAAAAUGGACGAAAUCAUACCGAAUAAUUUUAAGAUCAUUAUAUUAUCGAUCCUAUAUAUCUCAAUUGAUCAUCAUCAUCAUCAUCAUUAUCAUCACUGCACAAAAUUGAACAUGCCAUCAUAAUCAUCAGUCAGCACGGCAUCAUAUACAGGAUAUUCAUAAAACCAUUAUUUCAUCACAAAAAAACAAAUGUAAUUGUAGUAUUCAGGUUUUGUUUUCUGUCUUUUUUGUAUCCUACUGGUCUAAUCGAAUAUUGUUCAUUAAUUUUUGUGUAUUCUAAUUCAUUAUUAUAUACCUAGUUAAUUAUAGUCUAUCACUUAUUUGGUCCUCUCUUUCUUUUUCUGUUGUGUUUUCAGUUCUAUCGUGUUAUUAUUUGCCUCUUUUUUUUGUCAAAUAUAUGUAUUAUUAUUUGAUCUCUCUCUGUUUUCUCUAUGAAUAAAUUUAUUGUAAAUGUUAUAUUAGGAUGCUUAGAUGUUUAUUGUGUUUUGUUUUAAUGCUACUGGGAAAUUACAAUGGUUUCUAAGUAAUGUUGAAUUAUGUGUUGUUAAAUAAUGUUUGACGUAUUCCUCUUUGUCAGUAGGUAUUCAUGGUAUGUAUAUAUGUCUGACACAUUCAGGUCACACAUUUAGAAGCAAAACAUUGAGAUAUAAAGUAUUAAUCUGAACACUAAACUAACCUGAUACAAAUAGAUUAUCAGGUAAUAUAAGGUUGACUGAACAUGCUCGCUCAUUGAACAAGCUGUCCUGACCAAAAUAGAGUUAAGAAUUAUAAGUUUUAAUUAUAUAGGUUUUUAAUUACUCAAUAGGGGUAACUAAAUGUUGGGAAUUUGAAGAUUCGGUAAAACUAUACUAUACUGACGGCCUUCAUCAGUUCUAGAAAAGACCUUAGGAUCAACCGACAGAAUAUUGUUCAGUCAGGAUGCAUAAUAUGUAAAAAUAGUAAAAUUGUAAAAAAGUGGUUUUUGA